GAUCUUUAUUCUAACCCCUUCAUCUUUGAACUUCAGCCUUCAAUACCGAGAGGACAGAGAACGAACCGAGCCCUAGGGAGCUGCAAGUGUUCAAAGCCACUGGCCGCACUCGCCCCUUCUCUUCUGAAGCCAUUCAGGCCUUGCAGCACCAUCGCCGGAGGAGAUCCUUAGUCCUCAUGAACUCCGCCCGACUCCUUAGUUCUCAUGAAAUUGACAGUUGUUCCUAGCAGACCCACCGACGUCUUUCCCAAGAGUUGUAGGAGACCUUCAUCUUUCCUCUGGUGAGAGAAAUGGCGUCUUCAUCUUCUUCUGCUCUUCGAGAACUACAGCACGAGCUGGAGAUGAAAGCCAACGAUCUCAAUAAGCUCCAAAAAGAUAUUGCGAAGAACCACCAAGUGAGAAAGAAGUACACUAUCCAGCUCGGUGAAAACGAACUUGUUCUCAAAGAGUUGGAUCUGUUGAAUGAGAAUGCUAAUGUGUUCAAGUUGAUGGGUCCGGUCUUGGUGAAGCAAGACUUGGCAGAAGCAAAUGCAAAUGUCCGCAAGCGCAUUGACUAUAUCUCCGCUGAAUUGAAACGGCUUGAUGGUAAUCUUCAAGAUCUGGAAGAGAAACAGAAUAGCAAGAAGGAUGCAAUGUUAAAACUACAACAGAGAAUUCAAGCUCUACAAGCUGGAAAAGCAAAGGCAUAAUUUUAUUUUGCGGUUAUGGGCUUUUAUUUGGCAGUGUGUGUGUGUGUGCUCUGUGAGUGAUUUGGCAUUGGAAUCUCGGAUAACUAUCUUAUAACAUGGGGGCGGUUCUUGAUCACUUUUUGUUUCCUACAUGUAUUUGACAGUACUCUUAGACGUGGGCUUGUACAUCCCACUGUAAUACUUGAAUGACUGAUUACAUUCUCCAUUUUGUUGAGAUAGAAUAGCAUAAAUGUACAGUUGUACGCAGAAUAUGAGAAGCCAAAACGGUUUCUUCAUUUCAUCCUCAGAAUUAUAAUCAGAAGCCACUGCCAGUAGCUGCCAGUGUUGUUCUCUCUUA